AUGGUUUCCUUCUCGGGUCUCCUCAUGGCUGCUUGUGCUCUCGCAAGCGCCUUCGCAGCUCCCACUGAUAUUAACAUGGCCAAGCGAGCUAUCACCACAAGCCAGACUGGAGAAAACAAUGGCUAUCACUUCUCCUUCUGGACCAACGGUGGCGGUAUUGUCCAGUACAACAAUGAAAAGAACGGUGAAUACAGCGUGUCUUGGAAAAAUUGCGGCGAUUUCACCUCUGGCAAGGGCUGGAGUACUGGCAGUGCCCGCAACAUUCAUUUCGCUGGAGAUUUCAAACCCUCUGGAAAUGCCUAUCUUGCUGUGUAUGGGUGGACUAAGGGCCCUCUCGUUGAAUACUAUAUCUUGGAGAAUUACGGAACCUACAACCCCGGCCCUAGCAUGACCCACAAGGGAUCUUUCACUAGCGAUGGAUCAGUCUAUGAUAUCUACACCCAUCAGCAGGUCGAACAGCCCUCUAUCGUUGGCAAGACAACCUUUAUGCAGUACUGGUCUAUCCGCCGCAAUAAACGCUCAGCUGGAACAGUUACCACUGCCAACCACUUCAAUGCUUGGGCUUCGCAUGGAAUGAAGCUAGGCGCUCACGACUAUCAGAUUCUUUCCACCGAGGGCUUCUCGAGCAGUGGAUUUGCUCACAUAUCUGUUUGGUAAACAUGAGCAUGAGG